AUGUCACAUCGGUGCAUUAAUUUUCUGCGUUUCGGCCAGUCGGCUGACAUCGAUAUUUUGUUCGACGGGGCCGAAAACCGUCAGCAGGCGGAAAUCAAAACAGAGGACGGCAAGAAGGACAAGUACCUGCUGUACUAUGACGGCGAAACCGUGGGCGGAAAGGUGAACAUAACGCUAAAAAAACCGGGCAGCAAGCUGGAACACCAGGGUAUCAAAAUCGAGCUUAUCGGUCAAAUUGAAUUGUAUUACGAUAGAGGCAAUCACCAUGAUUUCCUGAGCCUCGUGCGCGAACUAGCGCGACCGGGCGAUCUCAUCCAGAAUACGUCAUAUCCGUUCGAGUUUGCGAACGUCGAGAAACCGUACGAAGUGUACGUCGGCUCGAACGUGCGAUUACGAUAUUUCCUGCGGGUGACAAUUGUUCGCCGCCUGAGUGAUAUCAUCCGGGAGGUGGACAUUGCCGUGCAUACGCUGUCGAGCUACCCGGAUGCGAACAGCCCGAUAAAGAUGGAGGUGGGCAUCGAGGACUGCUUGCACAUUGAGUUCGAGUACAACAAGAGCAAGUACCACUUAAAGGAUGUGAUCGUGGGCAAAAUUUAUUUUCUGUUGGUGCGCAUCAAAAUAAAACACAUGGAAAUAGCCAUUAUCAAGCGGGAACAGACUGGUUCGGGACCUAACAUGUAUACCGAGAAUGAAAUCAUUGCCAAGUACGAAAUCAUGGACGGUUCACCGGUGAAGGGUGAAAGCAUACCGAUACGCGUGUUUCUCGCCGGUUACGAUCUUACCGUAACGAUGCGCGAGAUUAACAAGAAGUUCUCGGUGCGCUAUUUCCUGAAUCUGGUGCUAAUUGACACCGAAGACCGGCGGUACUUCAAACAGCAGGAGAUCACACUAUGGCGCAAGGCGGAGAAGACCCGCAAAUCGCUCACUCCAUCGCAAGCGGCCGCCAUUGCAGCGGCCCAGGGUGGGGCGGCCGGUGCUGGACUGAUGCCCGGCCAGCUAGCGGCGUUGACCGGUUCCAGCAAUAAUCCGCACAUACCUCAUCAUCUGGUCGGGCAAGGGACGACGAGUUCGUUCGUCGCGAAAGAAUUACCGACGAGUACCGCAGCUGCCGGUGGACCCGGUUUGCAUGGCGACGGUAGUGCCGAUGAGGAUAGUACCAGCAUGAAACGAUCGGAUGAUUCUAAUCCAAUCAUGGGACUGUUUACGGAGGACAAUUCACAAGCUGAUCUUCGACCUAAACCAGCCGUACGACAACGAAGCGAUGACACGCAUGCCACAGUUGGCCCGCUGCAGGAUAAUAGUUCCCGUUCGGUAAAUAGCAAUCUGAAGCCCGGUGAAAUGCCGCUGCAUGUUGAACCGGACGAAGAUUCGCUAACCCAGCCACAGCCACAGCCCCCGGCGGUACAGCAACACCUACACCGGGAAGCAGGAGACGGUGCCGCCUCAAUAUCGCAAACGACUGACGAAGAAACAUCCUCCCUGUUCGAUGCGAACGAUUUGAGCUUCAAUGCGGCCAGUAGCAGCGCCCCGGCGACGGCGGCAGUCGCAGCCGCACCAUCAGCGAACGUUACUGAUCCGACAUCCUCGCCUACGGUGAGCAGCACGAUAACUAAACCGAUGCAGCCGGAAGAUGGUCCCGCUGACGAUGAAACAAUUGCGACGAGCCGGGCCGAACAGGACGCAGACAAUGCUCCACUGUCCGAAGUUACGAGUACGGAAGUGAAUAAUGCAAGCAGUACUGCUACGACGAGUCCUGCUCAGCCAGCGGCAACGAUGGUGACGAGCUCCGCCUCGACACCGCCUCCAUUGACGGCAAAACCGGCAAAACCUCGGAAGCCAGUACUCGAGUAA